UAUCAGUCUUUGUUCACGCGCGGAAUGAAAUUUUAAAGAAUGACUUUGUACAUCCUGGUUUUCGCGCUCGCAAUAUGUGUAGUGCCUAGUUUUACGUACAAGCCUGUAGUUUUAAUUCAUGGAAUCAUGACUGGAAGUGGCACUAUGGAAAUGAUUGGACAUCGAAUAAAAGAGAAACAUCCAGGCACAAUAAUCUACAAUGUGAACAGAUUUGAAGGGUGGUCCAGCCUGGAGACUAUGUGGCAUCAAGUUCUGGAGAUAGGGAACGAUGUUGCAAAUUACUCUUCACUGCAUCCUGAGGGGAUUAAUGUAAUCGGUUAUUCCCAAGGAGGACUGGUAGCACGCGGCAUAGUGCAGACCUUCCCGAACAUAUCAAUAGAUACAUUUAUUUCUCUCAGCUCUCCACAGGCCGGCCAGUAUGGAGCCGGCUUCCUUCACCUUGUCUUUCCUGGUCUAGUUAAGGACACAGCGUUCGAGCUCUUUUACUCACGAGUGGGGCAGCAUACAUCAGUAGGCAACUACUGGAACGACCCUUAUCAUCAGAACCUGUAUGAAACCUACAGUGUCUAUUUGCCCUAUAUCAACAAUCAUGUUUCAUCAGCGAAAUCGACAGACUUUAAAUCGAAUCUCCUAAGACUGCAACGACUAGUCCUGAUUGGUGGUCCUGAUGAUAACGUCAUAACUCCCUGGCAGAGCAGUCAAUUCGGUUAUUACGACUCAAAAGAAAAUGUAAUAGAGAUGCGGUCGCAAGACAUCUACUUAGAAGACCGAAUCGGCCUCCGAGAGUUGGACGAAAGCGGGCGACUACAGUUGGUCACUGUGUCUGGAGUUAACCAUUACAACUGGCAUAUGAAUGUUACUGUUAUUGACAAUUGCUUGUUGCCUUAUUUGGAUUAAACUGUUGGCGUAGUCAAGGUCACACUACAAACAAACUAAGGUCAAGCGGCAAACUACAUUGAAAAUGAUUUUAGCGUGCAUGUUGCGGACGUUUUGUUUUUUUUUUUGUAAAAGUAUCAAUUGAAUUACACAAUGUAGUCCUUCACCACUCAAUUUACUUCACGAUUAUAGAAUAAUAAGACAAGUACACGUCACUCGUUGCGUAGGGUUGUAUCAUUUUAGUUCUAC